UACACCAUUUGAAAGUGUAGAGAGAGAUGAAAAGGGAAGGAAAAAGUGGGGAAGGGGAAGCAGAAAAGGAGGAAAAAUUGGGAGAAAAGUUGAGUAGAGGGGUAUUGGUAGGGAAAAGUAAGGGCCCUUGUACUCCAGUGCCUUCUUGGAGACUUUGGGUUUUGGGUUCUCACGGACACCCUAACAUCAUUGAGGACCACCAUACACUUCCCACUCUCUCUGCUAGGAAACUCGCCGCCGCUCUCUGGGAAUUCCACCAAUACCACCCACUCUUUCAAAUGCAUCGUCCUGUCAAUAACGGUGGUGGCGGCGGCGGCGGCGGUGGUGAUCCUAGACUUCGCCGCCACCAUUACAUCCUUCACAAGGACAAGGCUCCAAACAUCUCCAACUUCUUGGCUGAUGCGACUCCCAGUUCCCCUGAUCAGCCAGCUAGUGCGAGCAGUUUGAGGAGGCAUGUUGCAGCAUCACUGAUGCAGCAUCAUCGGGCAAUUGAGAGAAAUAACCAUGCACUGCAACCUCUAUCUCCUGCAAGUUAUGGUAGUUCCAUGGAGAUGACACCUUAUAAUCCUGCAGCCACUCCUACCAGUUCCUUGGAAUUUAAGGGAAGGAUUGGGGAGUCACGUUAUAGUCUCAAAACAUCUACAGAACUGCUAAAAGUGUUAAACAGAAUAUGGAGCUUGGAAGAACAGCAUGCUUCUAACAUUUCAUUGAUAAAAGCAUUAAAAACAGAGCUAGAUCAUGCACGUAUCAAGGUCAAAGAGUUGCUUCGAGACCGACAGGCUGAUCGACAUGAGAUUGAUGACCUGAUGAAGCAAAUUGCAGAGGAUAAAUUGGUUAGGAAGAGUAAGGAACAGGAUCGACUCCAUGCUGCUGUUCAAUCUGUGAGGGAUGAACUCGAGGAUGAGAGAAAAUUAAGAAAACGUUCAGAGAGCAUACAUAGGAAACUAGCUCGGGAACUGUCUCAAGUGAAGUCUUCUCUCACUAAUGCUAUGAAAGAAUUGGAGCAAGAGAGAACAAGAAGAAAUUUAUUGGAGGACCUCUGUGAUGAAUUUGCCAGGGGAAUAAACGAAUACGAACAAGAGGUGCAUGCUCUGAAGCACAAGUCUGAAAGGGACUGGGUUCAAAGGGCUGAUCACGACCGUUUGAUCCUCCACAUAUCUGAAUCCUGGCUGGAUGAACGUAUGCAAAUGCAACUGGAAGCAGCUCAGAAUGGUUUUAUGGAUAAGAAGUCCAUAGUCGAUAAACUAAGCCUUGAAAUAGAGACUUUCCUUAAAGCUAAACAAAAUAGUAUUAGUACAGAAAAUCCAGUGGUAAAGGAUCGCCGGAAUUCCUUGGAAUCUGUACCAUUGAAUGAUGCUGUCAGUGCACCACAAGACGUGGGUGAUGAUGAUUCUGUGAGCAGUGAUUCAAAUUGUUUUGAGUUGAAAAAGCCAAGCAACAGGGGAUCUAAAGUACAGGAAGAACAGCCUGUGGACAAAGAUUUUGAUGAGACAUUGAAAUCCAACCACAUGAAGAAAAAACCAAUACCUCGAGAAGGGUUUAAAAACCGUAACCCAUCUAGCUUUCAAGUAAAGUUUGAAGAACAGAUGGCUUGGGCCUUGUCAUCUAAUUCAAAUAAGAAGACCCAGUCAAUUGAUGCAGAACAGGUUAAGACCACAGAUACAAGGCCAGUUGAAGGAACUAUAUCUGAAAAGCCUGAACACUUUGAGGUUGGUGAAAAUGAUGGUUUUGAAAGAAAAAAUAACCCCAGUGAAUUGCACAGCUCCAAUAAAAAUCAUAUUAUUGAUAAUGUCAUUAGAGGUCAACUUUUGACAUCAGAUAGUGGCAAUAUACAUGCUGAAAAUAGUUAUGGCGAGGCUUCCUUCAGCAAUGCUGGAUGGAGGAAUCAGGCAAGCCCUGUGAAGCAGUGGAUGGCUAGACUUACAUCUGCAUCCCAAGACCUUGACAUAUCAGAGGCUUCAAAAGUUCCUUCAGGAUCAAAGGAUAAUACUUUGAAAUCAAAACUUCUUGAAGCAAGGACCAAGGGGCAGCGAUCGCGUUUAAAAGCCUUGAAAGGGUCCUUUUAGAUGAUGUUUGCCAUAAGAGAAGUUGGAGAAUUCUGGUUAUAUUCUGUUGAUGGUGGUCAUUACUUUACUGUUUGUGUGGCAUAUUUCUCGUUCA